CAUGUGCCGCGUCUGAGUCCCAGGGACUAGAGUCAAGAGUCCCACACACACACAGAGCUCCCCCAUACCCCAGCAACUAUGAAGGUGGAACGCGCCAGCUCCGUGUGUUCUGACGAUGCCCAUCGUCCCCAGAUUCCAUCAUGUCUGUUGGGGAGUCGUCUCCGCUGGCGUCCCCACAGCCGUCUCCUGCGCCCCUUACUGAUCCCUACGAUGACCAGAGGCUGUACUCCCCGGCUUACACGGCGCACAGCCCCGCCUACAGCACCACCAGCAGCAGUAGCAGCUCCGGUAGUAACGUGGGGCGCAUCUCCUACCUACAGCUGCCCGGCCAGCCCGGGAUACCAGCGGUCCGCCUCGCCCGAUUUCGGCUUCCAAUUCCCUCCCGACUCCGGGUAUCCCGGGGUGGAACAGUUCGGCUGUCAAGCCGAAUUCGUCAGGGCAGUGCAGGACGGGGAUCCCAGAGAGCUGAAGCGCAUCCUGACGCGGUACUCGCAGCUGGUGCAGAUCAACGGCUUCACGGCGGACGGGCAGACGGCGCUGACGCAGUCCUGUAUGGACGGUAACCUGGAGGUGAUCAAGGUGCUGGUGGCCCACGGUGCUUCCCUCCACCUUACUAACCGUGAUGGCUUCUCGCCCCUGCAUCUAGCCUGCUGGCGAGGCAAGUAUGAUGUGAUGCAGUACCUGCUGCGCUCCGCCUCCAGUAGACGGUAGUUGUUGUGAUAUUGUUGCCUCUAGCCUAGUGAUCCGUGCCAUGCGUGGUGUUGAGCAGGGAAGCCUUCGCCCUGUGCAAUACUGAGUGUUUGUUGGCGGCCAGAGCUCUCGUGGGGUCUUCUAGAACUGUGAGGACGGCCUAGAACCCUCAUGUGGGCGGCCAGAACAGUGUGGGGGUGGUUGGAGCUCUCGUGUGGGUGGCUUACAGCUCUCGUGGGGCAACUAGAGCCCCAGCC